AGCAUUUCCUCACGGACAGCGGGUCUUUGUGCGUUCCCGCCAAUGCCGUCGCCCCCCGGCCUCGGCCGCGCGAUGGUCGCCGAGGGCGACGAUGCUCCUGGGCCACUCCGGCCUGGCGGUGCUCCGGAUGCUGCGACGGACGUCGCCAGGCCUGCGGCCGCCAGCGGCGCCGUUGGGCCUGGGACCACCAGCGGCAGCGCGGCCUGCGACGCGGACGCAAUGGACAUGCUGCGCCAGCUGAUCGUCGAGGCGCCCGCCCACGCCGGGGAGCCGCCGCCGGAGGCCGACCAUUUGGUGGAGUACGAGCGCCGCGCCGCAAGCGCGCAGGCUCUCCGGGCCAACAUGGCCAAGGAGCGCUCGCAGCAGCGGGACGUGGCGUACAAGGAGAAGUGGUGGGUGGACCUGGUGAAGGAGCGGAAGGCCAGCGAUCGCCGGAGAGCUGCCGAGGAGGCGGCGGCGGCCGCGACGGCCGCGGCGCUGGCCGCGAGCCCCCCAGAGACGCCCAGGUCGCGGCAGAGGAAUGCCGAGGUCUGCGCGCAGGCCGGCGCCGAGGCGGCCUACAAGGAGAUGUGGCUGCAGGCGGAGUGGGAGCCGCUCCUCGCCCGCCAGCGCGAGCAGGCCCGCGCGCGGCGCGCGAGCGCGGAGCGCGCGGCGGCGGAGGCGGCGGCGCUCGCGCGGAGCCUGGCCGAGCGCGAGAAGAAGGAGCACGAGCAGCAGGAGGCCGCGCGCCUGCGCGAGGUCCGCAGCAUGGCCGCGGAGGACGCGGCCACGGCCGCGUUCGUGGCCGCCGCAGGCGUGGAGUGCGAGCGCCGCUCCGCCGUGCCCGUGGACGCGGCGACCGGAGCGGCCGUUGCGCAGGUGUUGGCGAACCCGAGCAGGGAGCUGCGCUGGCAGCUCCAGGAUGCCGAGCGGUCGCUUGAGGCAGCAGCGCGCCGAAGGGCCGUGCAGCAGCAGCGGGAGGAAAGCGACUACCACGACUGGCGGGAGCAGGUGCGCUCGGCGCGCCUGCGCGAAAGGCGCAUCGAGGGGAGGCGCUGGGAGACGCACCGCGACGCAGAAGCCAAGCGCUCGUUGGAGCUGCAGGGCCGCGACUUCCUGAGGGAGCAGGAACUGCAGCACGCGGAGCUGCUGCGGGCCACGCAGGCCGCAGCCAGGGAGCGGGCGGCGGGCCUACAGGCGGCUGGCGGUAGCCCCAGGGACCUGUUGCAGGAGGCGCGCAGCCUGGCCGAGAGGCAGCGCGCCGAGCGCGAGCGGGACCUGCCGCGGCGGCUCGAGCAGGAGCUGUGGGAGUCGCUGCUGGCGAAGACCCGGCGAGCGAGGCAGGACGCCGUCGGCACGCCGCGCGCUCAACGGCAGCGGUGGGGCCUGCUUGGCGCCGCCUGA